UGUCGCGUAAACAAUGUUCUGUUCGACAAGAACAGUUGAAGGAAUGUAACCUUGCUUUAUUGUUGUUGUUAUUAUAGCAGAGGUGGUGGUACAAGUUUGUUCUCUGCCUGGUGAAGCAGAAUGGAGUGGAUGAGUGAAAGCUAAUGCUGCUUAGUCACCGCGUGGAUCACUGACACUGUGGAUGGAAACAGGUUUAAGCUCGGUAUCUGUGAGGCUUGGCUUGUUCAGGAGAAGAAAUGUAUUCAGUACAGAGGAAGGACUUUGUCUCGGUGACUCUGGGAGAGCGCAGCUACAAUAACGGAAAGCACCGGAAGCAGUCGUGCUGGAGGAAACUGAAACAGUUUUCCCGGCUGCAGCGCAGUCUCAUACUGUCUCUGUUCUCCAUUCUGUUCAUCGGCGGGAUCUUCUCUUACCCCAGCCUCUCUGAGCAAUGGACAGAUCUGUCUGAUGGAUCGCCACGUGAUGUUAGGGAUGACCUGCUGAAGCGGGGUUUCCACCCCAUCCCCCCGGAUCAGAUCCUCAAUCCCAUACCUGAGGUCAUACACAAGGAGCAUACGGAGCCACAAAGACAAAAUGCCUUUGUCCUUCCCAAACCUCCAGCUCUGAAGAAGCCCCUGAGCAAGCGUGGUCCUCCAGGCCUGCAGAAACAAGGAAAUGUGUCAGACUGGCAGGUGAAGGACAGACAGGAAGCAGCCGUCAGAAGAGAAGAAGAGCAGGAGGAAGAAACGCAGACUGUCAUUAGCUGGCGAGGCGCCAUGAUCGAAGCCGUGCAGGACGCCGAGCCGCAGGAGGCAGCAGGAGCCGCUGAGGUUGAGGAAGCCGUCCCUUUACAAAUGGUCCCAGUGAACCCGGUGGAUCGGGCAGAGGCUGUCAGAGAAGCAUUCAGGCAUGCAUGGAAAGGCUAUAAAGCGUUUGCUUGGGGUCAUGAUGAGCUAAAGCCUGUUUCGAAGACGCACAGGGAGUGGUUUGGUUUGGGUCUCACCCUCAUAGAUGCACUUGACACCAUGUGGAUUCUCGGCUUGAAAGAAGAGUUUGAGGAAGCUCGGAGAUGGGUCGAAACAGAGUUAUCAUUCUCCAAGAACGUUGACGUGAAUCUGUUUGAGACCACCAUCCGCAUUCUAGGAGGCCUCCUGAGCACUUAUCACCUUACAGGAGACAUUCUGUUCCUGAACAAGGCAAAAGAUAUUGGUUCGAGAUUAAUGCCUGCUUUCAAGACGCCGUCCAAGAUCCCUUUUUCCGAUGUGAAUAUCGGUAAAGGCACUGCUCACUCACCACGCUGGACCACCGACAGCACUGUGGCCGAGGUCACCAGCAUUCAACUGGAGUUUCGUGAACUCAGCAGGCUCACUCAGGACCCACAGUAUCAGAAAGCAGUGGAUGAGGUGAUGAACCUGGUGCACAGGUUGGACGGGAAGCGCGAUGGUCUGGUGCCCAUGUUUAUCAAUACAAACAGCGGCAAGUUCACACAUCGUGGAGUGUUUACUCUGGGAGCCCGAGCAGACAGCUACUAUGAAUAUCUGCUCAAACAGUGGCUACAGGGAGGGAAAAAGGACAUCACGUUACUGGAGGACUACCUUCAGGCUGUUGAUGGAGUGAAGAAAAAUCUACUUAAACAGACAGCCAGUAAGCACACCUUUGUCGGAGAGCUCUCCCAUGGACGUCUCAACCCCAAAAUGGAUCAUUUGGUGUGUUUUCUCCCGGGUACGCUGGCUCUGGGAGCACAUAACGGCCUGCCAGCUGACCACAUGGAUCUGGCAUUGCAGCUGAUGGAGACGUGCUAUCAGAUGUAUGUGCAGAUGGAGACCGGCCUGAGCCCGGAGAUCGCCCACUUUAACCUGUACAGCCUCAACGGCCGUGAUAUAGACGUCAAACCGGCAGACAGACACAACCUGCUGAGACCCGAGACAGUGGAGAGUCUGUUCUACCUGUACAGAUUCACCCAGGACAAGAAAUACAGAGACUGGGGCUGGCAAAUAAUGGAGAGCUUCAACAAGUACACCAGAGUCCCCAGCGGAGGCUACACGUCCAUAGGGAACGUACGUGACUCAGUCAAUCCCAGCCCCAAGGACAAGAUGGAGAGCUUUUUCCUCGGAGAGACUCUGAAGUACCUCUUCCUGCUGUUCUCCGAUGAGCCCAAGCUGAUCAGUUUGGAUAAGUACGUCUUCAACACCGAAGCUCAUCCUCUCCCGAUCUGGCCUUCUGCAUCGUGAUCUGUGCUGGAGCUGUACAGACUGAAGCUUCCGUAUGCUGGGAGGAUCCUCCAGAGCUCUUCAUCUGGAUUAGAGAGCAACUCGAGUGUCAGAGCAGGACUCGUCUUCUUCAGUGUCAGUCAACGGUCUUGUAUUGGCCCUUACACUAAACACAAAACCACUAACAAGCGUUUUUAGUCUGCUCUGUGGCGACGACGUGAAUACGGAUCGAACUGGAAAGACAGAAUGGUUAAUCGUAUUGUUAAAUAAUUUGUCUCCAUCCACAUCCUCGCUAUUAGAUAUAAAACUCCAGUAUCAGUAGGUUAUUGCUGCUUGUCAUCCACAUUUCGGGGUUUAUCUUACUUGCAUAAGACAGCUCGGAUUACAUGCUGUAAAAACGUCAGGCGAUUCUGACGCCAAACGAAGUAUUAUUUUGCCGUUUUUAUAUUUAUAUCAUCUUGUGUAUUUGAUGCACGUGAGGUUUUGCAUUUCGUCUUGUUGAAGUGACAAGCUGUUACACAGGGGACCUACAACCGCAUUUCUGAGUGUUACAUUUAUGAGAUACAGGAUGCAUUUAGGACCGUGUUGAAUCGUGAGCCGUUUGUUUUUAAGAGUUAUAUUUUAUUUGAUGGCUCUAAGGCCCGAGAGAUUUUAUUCGUUUCUGUUCACUUCAUCUGACAGCUUUAGCACUUUAGUAAAAGCCCACGACUUGAUUUAGUAGAGUUCCCUCAGGAGCCUCUUGAGCUGUAGCAUUGUUUUGUGUUGUGAUCCACAACUUCACCAGCUGUGAGACAAAACCUGAGCUAGACUUCUGAGUUGUGACAAAAACAACUUUUUUUUUUAAUUAUUUAAAGGAACUGUUUGGAUUUUUGGAUAUUUCUUCUGCCUAUGAGGUGAAUUCCAAUGCAAACACUGACAGGCUUUGUUAGGCUUGAAUUUUUUUUUAUUUUUUUAUUUAUUGCCAUCACACGGUGUCCGUCCGUCCACAAUUCACAAAAAUCGCUACUCCUCCCUGAGUUUUCAAUUGAUUUUGAUUCUGAUUGUUUUGUUUGGAAGAUCUAAUAAUCAAUCUGCACAAAAUUUACUCCCUGGUUUUGUGAUUUCUCAUUCACAAAUUGCUAAUUAGGCCGAUUCACGAACUUUCAGGAAAAUCGCUACUCCUCCCUCAGUUUUCACGGGAUUUUGAUUAUUUUGUUUGGAAGAUGAAAUUGUUCUCAUGAAGAGCUAAUUAUAAACGAGUCUGGUUUCUCAUGGUACGGCCAUGUGAGCUACUACGUCGCUGAUGCUCUGGUAUAUUUCUGUUGUUUUUUUUGUUUCUUUUUGUAUCUCUGUGCGUCAUGCACAGGUGUCCACCAACAUAUCUGGAAUUCAGCAAAACUUCACCCUGAACGCUUCUGCUGAAAUUGAAAUAUUUGUGAAGUGUUUAGUGAUUCGAGUGCUGAUUUGUUGGUUAGUGCAAUAUUUUCACUAUUCCUGUGAAAUGUAUGCCAUGGAAAAUUAAUAUGCAAGUCAUUCAGGGUGGAUUUUUCCUUUCAUAGAUGUUGAACAUGUGGCUGUAAAGAAGUAAACAAUUGGAUAGUGAUAGUUGGAUACACUGUACAUGAGGACGAUAUACAUUACCUACCCAGAAACGCUGUACGUCUCGGCCUUAUUUCCUGAAAAAAAGUUUUCACGUGUUGCAAGUUUUUUAUUUUCAGGAAUAAAAAAGAGAUGGCACAUGUCGCCUCCUUUUCGAGCGUCAGUGAGCUACACUUAUACAUCUAUAAUCCCUUUCUAUGAGUCGUGAUGGAUGCAACUAUGCAGAAAUAUAAAUCCACUGUAAGUAGAUGGGUCGAGCAGCUGUGUUGCUACGGGGGCGGAGUCGAUUUCAGGGCCGGAAAACUGCAUACCAUGCCAUUGGUCUCAAUUAUGUUGCACAAGGGGUAAAAUUAAAACAUCCUUGUAUGGACCCAGUACUAUAAUUUUUUUGAUUUCCUACAGUGGUGCUUGAAAGUUUGUGAACCCUUUUUUUUAGAAUUUUCUAUAUUUCUGCUAAAUAUGACCUAAAACCCAGUUCAACAAAUAAGACAAAAAUAUUAUACUUGGUCAUUUAUUUAUUGAGGAAAAUGAUCCAAUAUUACAUAUCUAUGAGUGGCAAAAGUAUGUGAACCUUUGCUUUCAGUAUCUGGUGUGACCCCACUUGUGCAGCAGUAACUGCAACUAAACGUUUCUGGUAACUGUUGGUCAGUCCUGCACACCGGCUUGGAGGAAUUUUAGCCCGUUCCUCCAUACAGAACAGCUUCAACUCUGGGAUGUUGGUGGGUUUCCUCACAUGAACUGCUCACUUCAGGUCCUUCCACAACAUUUCAAUUGGAUUAAGGUCAGGACUUUGACUUGGCCAUUCCAAAACAUUAACUUUAUUCUUCUUUAACCAUUCUUUGGUAGAACGACUUGUGUGCUUAGGGUCGUUGUCUUGCUGCAUGACCCACCUUCUCUUGAGAUUCAGUUCAUGGACAGAUGUCCUGACAUUUUCCUUUAGAAUUGGCUGGUAUAAUUCAGAAUUCAUUGUUCCAUCAAUGAUGGCAAGCCGUCCUGGCUCAGAUGCAGCAAAACAGGCCCAAAUCACGAUACUACCACCACCAUGUUUCACAGAUGGGAUAAGGUUCUUAUGCUGGAAUGCAGUGUUUUCCUUUCUCCAAACAUAACACUUCUCAUUUAAACUGAAAAGUUCUAUUUUGGUCUCAUCCGUCCACAAAACAUUUUUCCAAUAGCCUUCUGGCUUGUCCACGUGAUCUUUAGCAAACUGCAGACGAGCAGCAAUGUUCUUUAUGGACAGCAGUGGCUUUCUCCUUGCAACCCUGCCAUGCACACCAUUGUUGUUCAGUGUUCUCCUGAUGGUGGACUCAUGAACAUUAACAUUAGCCAAUGUGAGAGAGGCCUUCAGUUGCUUAGAAGUUACCCUAGGGUCCUUUGUUAACAAAUCACAGGGAGUGAGAGCUUAAUGGGACUGAGCACACACUAUCCAGGCAUCUGAAUGAAGCGACAAGGAGGCUCUUCUGCUUCAAAUAAGAAGGUGGUGUGAACUCAGUGUUUUGAAAAUUCACUUUACCUCAGCUUGUCAAUGAUCCAAGCAAGGUAAACACACUUUCUUUGUGGCAAAACUUGAAAAUUUCAGCAGAAUCAGAACACCGGUUACAGAGGCAAUUAAAAUGCCAUAUGUGACAUAAAUGUUUACGGAAAAUAGGUGAAUAAACUUUGGCCAAAUGGCACAUCUUAAAAUUCUCAGCGUUUCAGAAGUCUGUGUGUUACACCUAUAUACGUUAGACUCUGGCUUCUCGGACAGCAUUUUGAAUGACUCCAGUUCUUACCUGUUGGGACACAGCAGCCUACUUAGAAAUAACUUAAAGUUGUUUUUGGAAAAUGUCGCAUAUGGAACCAUGGGUGAAUCUUACUACACAUUUAAACUAUCAACUGUUAGUCGUCCAACCAACAAGAAAUUUAGAGGCUAUGCUAGAAACUAUGAACCGUUCCUAUCUGGUCCUAUAUCUGCAUGCAACACGGCAUACGGCCAAAUGGGAGGCUUUGGGUGACUGACUGUGGUCACCUGGAAAUAGAUCAGAAAAAAAUCAUGAUGCUCCCCAAGCCAGUCCUAUAUGAACACUAUUAGGACUAUUUGGUGAUAAAUAUCUAACAUGAUCUAAUAGGAGCUUAGACAUGACAUUUUUUGGAGUGGGACCAAUAGUGUGACCAGGGCCACAUACAGAAGUGCGAAAUCAACGAAUUAGCGAAAUCUACUAUGAUUUUGCUUAAUUUAGUUUUAAGUUAGUUAUUGAGUUCUACUUAUUAGCUUCUUUAUCUGGUUACUUGAAUUGAAAGGAUUUCAUUGAAAACUCCAAAACAAGUCAAAUUUAGGAAUAGAAAGCUCCAUGGUGCAAGUCAAUCGAGAAAAUAUUAUUGUACACUUUUUUUCCCAUCGCUUUCUCCAUAAUUUAGUUGUGGCCAAUUCCCACCCAAGAUAAAGGUCAUCACAUUCUCUAUCACCAGGUUCUUCCUCCACGUGAUGCAAGCUGACCGCAGCGUGAAGGGCAUGGCGUAACACACUCGGACGAAAGCACUUAUGAUCUAUCCUGUUAUGUGCAGACUCGCAGAUGCCCUAACCCUAACGUCGCUGUAAUUGACAGGGGUGAGAGAGUACACCACUCCUUCCCUUUUUUGUAUUGUAGCAUUUUUCUAUCACACCACUUAGGAGGGGUCCUAUGAAAUCCAUCCGUCCAUCCGUACAUACAUACAUACGUACAUGCAUACAUACAUACCACCCCCACCCCCCUUAUGGACCUUUUUUUUAAAUUUCUUUUUAUUUUUUUUAAAUUCAACAAAUGCCAUGUUUAAGCUGUACUUUUACAUUUAAAAUGCCUUCGAAAAUCCAGGGUUUUUAAUCCCCUGCUGGCCGAAAGGCCCGAAGGGGGAUUAUGUCGUGGCAAAGUCUGUCCGUUCGUCCCUCCCUCCCUUAAAGGGUGCUCACCUUCUGUAAUCAACUCCUCUCACAGUUUUUGGAGGAAUUUCACGAAACUUGGCAAAAGGCAUUGUUAUUUGUCGGUAGUAAGCAUAUUGUUAUUUUGUUCAAUUCGGUCGCAUUUUACCAGAGUUACAGCCCUUGAUUAACAACCUUGCAUUUUCAUAUUUCAUGAAGGUGUGCUCGCCUUCCGACAUCAACUCUUCUCACGAUUUUUGGACGAAUUUCUCGAAGCUUGGCAAAAGGCCUUGUUAUAUGACAUUAAUACGCAUAUUGUGAUCUAAUUUCAUUUGUGAAAAUUUUCCCAGAGUUUUGAGCCUUGAUUAAAUACCUUGUACUUUGACAAUUUCAUGAGGGUGUACGUUCUUCUGAAAUCAACUCCUCUCACAAUUUGUGGAGGAAUUUCACCAAACUUGGCAAAAGGCUUUGUUAUAUGACGGUUACACGCAUAUUGAAAUUUCAUUUAAUUUGGGCAAAUUUUACUAGAGUUAUGCCCUUGAUUAUUAACAAACUUGUACUUUGGCAAUUUCAUCAAGGUGUGCUUGCUUUUUGAAAUCAACUUCCCUCACAAUUUUUAUCCCCCGCUGGCUGAAAGGCCCGAAGAGGGAUUAUGUCGUGGUGAUGUCCGUCCGUCCGUCCUGGGAAGGGUGUUCACCUUCUGAAAUCAACUCCUCUCACAAUUUUUGGAGGAAUUUCAUGAAACUUGGCAGGAUUCUUUGUUAUAUGUCGUUAAUAUGCAUAUUGCAAUUUGGUUCAAUUCAGUCACAUUUUACCAGAGUUAUGGCACAGUUGCCAGCGGGGGAUAUUGUGCUCUCGGAGCACUCUUGUUAAUCUUUUUACAGCAAGGGAUUCCUUAAACCUACUAAAAAAAAUCAACAGACCUUCAGUACUGAUGUAUUUCAUAGACAUAAUUCAACUCUUCAAAUAUGAGGCUGAUUAGUUAGUUAUUAGGUAAUUGCUAAUUAAGUAAUAAUAAUAAGAAUGAUCAGAAAGGAAAAACUUGCCUGUUUGAUUGAUAAUGAUGGUACCUAUAGAUCGAAAUGUUUCUGCCAAAAGAAUUUGAAAAACUAUCAAAGUAUAAAGACCUCCAGAUUAAAAUUGAAAGAAUGUGGCACCUUUAGACCACAGUCGUACCAGUAGUUGUCGGACCUUUAGGUCUGGUAAAGAAAGAUACUGAGAAGCAUCUUGAAAAAAUCCCAGUGAGGCCAAAGAUACAGGAAAUCCAAAAAAUAGUUUUAAAUAAUACAGCUCGUAUAUUAAGAAAAACCCUCUCACUUUGACAUGUUUCUCGAUGGCUAAAGGUAUAAGCGACAACUUUCCCACUGCCUCAGAUCUCUGGUUGCGGCCCGGCAGUGGGACUGUAGCAAAAGCUGAUAAAAGGAUUUGAAAAAUAUAAUAAUAAUAAUAAUAAUAAUAACGUUUAUUUGAGCUGUACAGCUUUUUAUUCCAGAGCUUUCUACUUACAGAAGACAUUUUUAUUUAACUUGAUGUCACUGGAUUUUAUUCUCAUCACUGAGUUACUGAUUCUUGGAUUAAAUCCAUUCAAUUCUAGUGACCAGGCUAAUAACUCCAAGAAAUUUGUUUCAACUUUGGCCUUAAACCACUCAAUUAAUAAGUACUUUGCUCACCAGUAAUCACUGCUGUACGGAUGUAGAGAAUUUAUUCAUUUACACUAACUCACAUUAUUUUGCACUAAAUCUGAGUCGGAGUUCACUAUUUAACAACUUCGUAACAAUAUUUCUAAUGCGUGGUUUUUUUAAUUAUUAUUAUUUUCUGCUGUAAUCUUUGUAUAUGCAGCAGUGUUUGCAAAAAAAAAAAUAAUAAUAAUAAUCAGGCAUGUGGAGGGCAAAAGAUUUGGCUACAGAUACAGCCGUUUAAUGUGCAGUCAUCUUCAUUUCAGUGAUUGAGGGCUUAUUCUGGCUCAUGUCAUGCUUAAUUUUUUAUACCCCAUCAUUUUGGAGGCUUAUCUGUGAUAGGUUAGCGUGUGUUCAAAACCUCCUGAAGCUUCCACCGAAUAUGUAGAUAAGCCUUUAUCAGAAUAGCACAUUUUCCUUGUUUUGUAAUUUACUGCAAGAAUGAGGAACGGCUCCGUCCUGCUGACUCACUCAUAGCUUGGUGGGAAAAGUUAAAAUUGUUUUCAUGCUUUUCGUAUCCUGAAAUGAGUAGGAUAAAGAACAGAGUCCCUUUGUCCUUGCCAGCAGACAGGUUCUGGUUUCUGAUUUCUUCUUUUUCUAACAUGCAUUCUCAGUAACGGAGCUGUGAAGGGAAAUAAGUCACAGGGGCCAAGAUGCUUCUAGUAAUGGUGUGUGUGUGUGUGUGUGUAAGUAAUGCAUUGAUGGGGGGGAAAGAUCUCAAAAUGUGUCUAUCAUUAUUUAUUGGUCUUUUUUUUUUUUUAGUGUUAUGCAUAACAGCAACCAUUGAAGGAAAGCCAUGAAAAAGGAUUGCAUUUACGAUAAUAUAUACACUCACCAGCCACUUUAUUAAGAACAUCUGCAAAGGUAAGGUGGGGGAGGGGGUGAAUUUUCAAUUCUCUGUGAGCCUUUGUUCACUCAGCUCCUUAUUCUUGGCUGAUGGGAUUGGAACCUGAUGUGCUGUUCCAUAUGUUGUGCAUUCUGAGAUGCUUUUCUGCUCACCAUGUUUGUAAAGAGUGGUUAUUUGAGUUAACAUAGCCUUCCUGUCAGCUCGAAUCAGUCUGACUGCUUUCCUCCAUCCUCCUUCAUCAGCAAAGCGUUUCCGUCUACAGAACUGCCGUGCACUGGAUGUUUUUUCACACCAUUCCAUGUAAAUUCCACAAGAUCUGCAGCGACUGAUUUGGAUAAUUGCACGAAUGAGCUGGUGUUCUUAUUAAAGUGUCAGGUGAGUGUAUAUUUGAGACUUUUUUUUUUUUUUAAAGUAAAGCUUAAUGUAGUGUAGCAGCAAAAAAAAAAAGCCAAACUAAAACGUCUCGUCUGGAUACAGUGUUUGCGUAAUGACCCGCACAACGUACUCCUUGCUUCUUUUGGCUGCUUUCUGUGUUUGUCAUCAGAUGUUUUAAUACCAUUCACUGAACCUCUGUACCACGUUCUGUAAAUAAAGUUUGUAAGAUUCCCCAAAUAAAAAGAUUUGACUUGA